GUUAGUUGUGAACGUGUGGCAAAUCACGUAUUAAGUUAACGCGUUGCCGUGUGCACGUGAUAGUAAUUUGUAAGGAAUUCGAGGUUAUCGCAGAACCCGGAUAAUAUUUUCUCGUUUUACGGUUUCACGAAGUCAGACAAAUAUUACUUAGUACAACUACUACCGACAUGGACGUCGAUGAGGAAAAGCAAACGUUUAGAACAGAGACUGUAAGAAAGCUGUUGUAUCUCUUUUUCAAAGACAAGAAAACAAAAGUUGGAAGUGAUGCCCUCGCACUCACUGCGGAGAUGCUUCGAAUAUUUGUUUGCGAAGCUGCUGCAAGAUCUGCCCAGUUUGCAAAGGCAGAUUCUUCUUCAGUGGUGAUGGUUGAACAUCUAGAAAAGACUUUACCACAAUUGCUUUUGGACUUCUAGUGAUGUGAUUUGAUGCAAGAUUGCCGUAUGACUAAUGUCAGUUACAUGUACAUAUGGCCAUUCACCCUCAUGACUUUGCUGGUGUACAGUACAUAUGUUAAUCCUAUUAACAACAGUCUUCAAUCUUUCACAGAAUUCUAGCUAGAUAAUUAUUUUGGAACAUACUGCAACUGUAAUGUGUUUAUUUGGUUAGUGGAGCUGGUUGAGAUAUUGCUCAGGAACAUUGAGGUUCAUAGUGACAUGUUAUGUUAGAAUUACUAAAUAUUUCCAU